UCUCAGAGGGUGGAUUCCACUGGUCUUCAGUUCCUUUUGCAGGAAGAGCUCAGAAUCACAACAAGGAAACUAAUCCCAAAGAUGAGCCUCGCAUGUCAAAUCUUCCUUCUGAUUUUCGUCUUUUCCAUCCAAGGUGCAGCUCCUGCAAAUGAUGAUAUCGUCUGGGGUACCCUGGGUCAGGACAUCAACCUGGACAUUCCUGGUUUUCAAAUGAUUAAUAUAGAUGAUAUACACUGGGAAAAAGGCAAAAAGAAGGUGGUGAGGUUCCAAAUUAGCAACAAGCCUAAGAAUCCAGAUGAAAAAUAUAAUGUGUCAGUGAAUGGAACUCUGAAAAUUAAACAUCUGAUGCUAGAAGACAGCGAUACCUACAAGGUAGUCAUAUACGAUAAGGAUGGAAAGAAUGCGUUGGAAAAAACAUUUCAGCUGAAGAUUCAAGAGAAGGUCUCAACACCUAACAUCGACUGGAAUUGUAUCAACAAAACCCUGGUCUGUAAGAUAUCAAAUGGAACAGACCCUGAAUUAAAACUGUACGUAAAUGGGACCAGUAUCAAGCCCGUUUCUUCGAAGUUCAGCACAUACAGGUUUAUAAACAAGCGGAAGAUAUUAGUCAACUGCACGGCAGAAAACAAAGUCAGCAAGGAAAGCGACGUGAAGAUGAUCACUUGUUCAGAGAAGGGUCUGGACCUGUAUUUCAUUAUUGGUGUUUGUGGAGGAAGCACCUUGUUCGUCAUCUUCAUGGUGCUACUCAUUUUCUACAUCAACAAGAGGAAAAAACAGAACAGUAGGAAGAAUGAUGAAGAGCUGGAGAUAAGAGCAUGCAGACUAACCACGAAGAAAAGGGGCCCGAAGCCCUGCCAGGUGCCAGGCUCGACUCCUCAAAGUCCCGCUGCGUCCCGGCCUCCUCCACCGCCCAGUCAUCGGCCCCAGGCCCCGGGUCAUCGGCCACCGCCUCCUGGCCACCGGGCCCAGAACAACCAGCAGAGGAAGGCCCCCCCUCCACCAGCCACACAAGUUUAUCAGCAGAAAGGCCCUCCCCUCCCCAGGCCUCGAGUUCAACCCAAAGCUCCCCGUGGGGCCACAGGAAACUCAUAACUCUGUCUCCUGACCUGGGUGUCCCCUUCCUCUAAUUAAAAGCGAUAGAAAUCGUCCUUUCCCAUAAAGGCACCGUGGAAUUUCUCCGCUGGGAGGGGGAGCACCUACACUUCCAUCAGGCGUGUUCUGCGGUAGGAUGACCACCCCCUGGGCUCGCGGGCCACGCCGUGUCGGCAUCUCCUAGCUCACCUGCAUGCUCUAACACCUGGAGCCGCUGCUCCUUGUCACGCCCAGAAGGGCUGGCAAUACAAGUGCCACCACCAGGAGGAUGGGCCACCGACCACCAAGUCCUCGCCUCCCCUUCAGAUCCCGUGCAGACGUGAGGCGUCCUGCGGCACCGGGACCUCGCUGCAAGCCGUCUGCCUGCUCAAGACGCCCUUGGGUUUCUUAUGUAUCUGGUGGACGCUUGCCCACCAUCUUGGACGUAGAAGGGAAAUAAAAGCUUUCAUUUGACCUCAGUGUCUGCUCAUUGUAGAAAGAAGCCCAGCAUCAAGCUGCUGGAUAAGAAGGAGGCUGGGUGUGUGUGACAGCAGGAUCCAGUUUGGUCACCCCAGUUCACCCGGACCGCCUAAUCCCCCCGCCGAGGACAACCAGAACGUGCUCCCCAGGUCUCAGCUGCAAAGCUGGCCCGAUAGGCUAUUUGUAGACUUGUCUGAUGGAUUGAAACCUCUGUGCGCAAAGUAUAAGGAGGGGCACCGGCAAACGUACUUGUUUGGGUCUCACUUCCUUGACUGUUUAGACACGGGCACAAGGAUCUGUAGAAUCAUCCCUGGAAAGAAAGGAAUCCGUGAAUACUGGCAGUGACACGAGCCUACCAAACACCACCAAAAGGCAGGCCAAGAGCCAGGUCAGUGGAAUCAAAUCCCGAGGGUCUUAAAUGGCCAUUAGGAAAAGAGCAUACCCCAUCCCCAGCGAGCUGCCACAUGCUAACUGCACUGGGGGAAGUGGGAGGAAAAGAAAACCAAAACAGUUUUCAGUUAAGGUUUACAGUGAUAGGCGGUGAGAAGGCACCUGCUUUGAAAUGCUGGUGCCAUUUUUGUGGUCCCAUCUGCCCCCCUUCUCCUGGCUUCUUCGACUUGCUAAACCUUGUCAAGAUCUGGCAGGAAGCUCUGAGGUCUAAACCACAAAGUCUAUGUAUAUUCAGGGCUUCCUGUGAGAGCGCACCGAGGGGGGAGCCGCUCUUGCCUCUGAACCUCAGUGUCUGUGUGUUAACACCCAGAGUCGAUUAUUAAGGAUGAUGAUGGAUGAGCCCCCACAGCCUCCUGAAAUUCAGACACGAAAUCCAACCAAGUAACGGUUUUCGCGGGAUCUACCUGGUGGGAGAAAUGAAGGUCUUAGCGCUGGCCCAUUCUCCUCCCUCAUGGCAGUCCUGAGUGAUUCCAUCAGCCAUCCUGCCAGCAUGGCCCAUUCCCAAUCCCUUCGUGAAGACUUCCCUUGCCUUUCUAGCCUCCAGCCCCGCCUUUCUGCUGAAAUCCGGUGGCAUUACAUGCGGUAAAGAACGUACAUCGUUCACGCAUUCAACACACAUUGACCGAACGUCUCUGUACCAGGCUCUGUGCUGGGUGGUAGGAACACAGAGAGGUAUGACUGCAUCUUUGCCUAGACUCAGCUUACAGUCUAGAGAGGGGAGGACAAAUGUAACACAGCUUGGUAAGUGGAGGUCGGAGGCAAGUAUAAGAGCCCCGAGGAAGGACUCUGCAUCCACACUGAGUGCAGGAACUGAGGUGACAUGGAAGGCUUCCUGGAGGAAGUGGCAUUUGAAUUGAGUCAUAAUAAAUCAGUAGCACUGAUGAAAUAGAUGUGCAGAAUUACUUGCGCAGGGGGAACGGCACGAGCAAGGUUCACGUCAGUUACCUGUUUAUACAGGUAUAUUAUUCCCUUUUCAACUACUGUGUUUCAUCAAUUUGAAGAUACCAUGGAUUCUAAGAGGCUUCAUCAUUUUACAUACCAUAAGAAAGAAAAAACACUCUCUAUUGCAUCGUAACCAAUGCUAAGAUACAAUCAACUUUUAGGCGCAACUCCAUUUCCAGGAUAUUAAAAUGUAAAAAAAAAAAAAAAAUGCUUUUUAAAAUCAAUGAAAGCAAGGGGCUCCUGGGUGGCUCAGUCGGUUGGGCGUCCAGCUUCGGUUCAGGUCAUGAUCUCACAGCUUGUGGUUCGAGCCCUGCGUCGGGCUUUGUGCUGACAGCUCAGAGCCUGGAGCCUGCUUUGGAUUCUGUGUCUCCUUCUUUCUCUCUGACCCUCCCCCGCUCACGCUCUGUCUCUCUCUGUCUCAAAAAUAAACAAACAUUAAAAAAAAAAUUUUUUUUAAUAAAAAAUGAAAUCAAUGAAAGCUUCCUGAGGACAAUGAGUAUUUCUCAGUAUUGUGUCUAGCACUUCGUGGAAAAUAUCACUAGCCGAUUGAUUGGAUGGGUGAGGACAGUCCUGUCAAAGGAAGGGCAGUGAGUAUCUAUGGCAUCUGUAGACAGAAGACACAUCCCCUGCCCUCCUGGAGUCUCCACCGUAAGGCAGAAGACACGGGUUUUGCUCAAGAUUUAUGCCGCAGUCACUCACAUGUCUGUUGAUGCGUAACCUGCCACUGAUCCUGUCCUGGGGCAUGGAGUUUCUAAGAAAUGGUCAGGCCAGCUGCAUGAGAAUAGACUGUAGAUAAAAAAUUAAAAAAUUAAAAAGAAAAAAAACUUAAAAAAAAAUGAGGCACCUGCCUGACUCAAAGGAGCAUGUGACUCUUGAUCUCAGGGUCGUGAGUUGGAGCCCCACACUGGGUGUAGAGAUCACCUAAAUAAAUAACCAACUUAAAAAAAAAAAAACAGAAAAGAAAUCCCGGUGAUUCAGUGGGGUAGGUUGGGGCCCCUGUGUUUUUAAUAGCCUCUCUAGGUGAUUGCAAUGGACAUUCAGGUUGGGGAAGCACAGGUCUUUUGGUCCUCAAAUUAUUCUUCAUCAGUGGGCGGCCAAACUUGAGGACUUAUGGAUAAUACAACAUUGUAGGAAAGACGGUGACAGCCUGGUUAAAUAAUCCUCCACGGGGAUCCUGGGUGGCUCAGUCAGUUAAGCGUCUGACUUUGGCUCAGGUCAUGGUCUCACGGUUUGUGGGUCCCAGUCCCACGUCAGGCUCUGGGCUGACAGUGCAGAGCCUGCUUGGGAUUCUCUCUCUCUCCCUGUCUGCCCCACCUCCACUUGUGCUCUCUCUCUCCGUCUCACAAUAAGUGAAGUUAAAAAAAAAAAAAAAAGAUAA